GGACCCCGGGCCCGCCCUCUCGGCUCCUACCUGGCCCCCUCUGCCUGCUGCUCCCGCGUGGAGAGCGAGCGGGCGGCCGGGGCGGAGCCGGCGCCACUGCGACCAUGAGGCUGCCCAACAUCCUGCUUACGGGUACACCAGGGGUUGGAAAGACCACACUCGGUAAAGAACUUGCAUCAAGAACAGGACUGAAAUACGUCAAUGUGGGUGAUUUAGCACAAGAAGGACAGUUAUAUGAUGGAUUUGAUGAAGAAUAUGUAUGUCCCAUUUUGGAUGAAGACAGAGUAGUUGAUGAGUUAGAAAAUAAAAUGAAAGAAGGUGGAGUUAUCGUUGAUUACCAUGGCUGUGACUUCUUCCCCGAACGAUGGUUUCAUAUAGUUUUUGUACUUCAAACAGAUAAUUCUGUAUUAUAUACAAGACUUGAAAAGAGGGGAUACAGUAUAAAGAAACUACAGGACAAUGUUCAGUGUGAAAUUUUCCAAAUUCUUUAUGAAGAAGCCAUGGCCUCCUACAAGCCUGAAAUAGUACACCGGCUGCCCAGCAAUGUACCAGAAGAACUAGAGAGUAAUUUAGAUCAGAUAAUUAAAUGGAUUGAGGAGUGGAUAAAAGAUAAUAAUUGAACCUUGAGGGGAAAGCAUGGAUUCUCGAGGCUUUCCACAUAAUGGUUACAGAUUUUCUUGAUGAUCUCUCCCUCCCUAUACAAUAGAAAUUAAGACAACAUACACUGGAUUUUACUAUCCAAGAUUGUGUUGUGGAAGUAACAGGUGGGCAAAAUAUAAGGUUGAGUUAUGGCUGAAUUAAUUUUUUUUUUCUCCAUGAGAAAACUGAAAACCCUGAAAUAAAUGAAUACGGCAUUAAGGACUUUUUAAGUUUAGGAAAUACCCAGCAUUCUCAUUUAAUUUGGUAAACUACUUAAGAGUAAGUGAAUUUGAGAAAAUAGGUGAAAAUCUUUACUUAACAUGUAAAAGAAAAUGAAGGUGAAGAACUGCUGCUGACUUAAAAGUAAAAAAAAAAAGUCUAAGAAUAAAGCUAUAAACAUAACAUAUUAAGGGACAGCUAGGUGGCACCAUGGAUGGAGCGCCAGGCCUGGAGUUCAAAUCUAGCUUCAGACACUUCCUUGCUGUGUGACUCUGGGCAAGUCACUUAACCCCAAUUGCCUAGCCUUUGCCUUUCUGUCUUAGAGUCUUAUUAAGACAGAAAGUAAGGCUUGUUUUUGUUUUUUUGAUGACAUUAAGUGUUCUUUUAGUGAAUUGCUGGGGGUUUUUUGUUUUUUUAAUCUUGGAAGUUGGGUAAAAUUAGGAUAGUCACAAAGUAAAUGGUGAGAUUUUUGAGAAAAUAGCAUUUAAUUUCUUUUUUUUUUUUAAGUAUAAGAGUUUACUGAGCUCUUUUGCCUAUAAAGUCACUGCUGAUCCUAGCACUGAUAUUUGUCUCUUUGGAAGAGUAAGCCAAUCACAUUUUCCAUAUGUAAACAGGAAAUAGCACCCAUGGAAACUGUAAAUAUUAAUUUAUUGGUUGACUAAUUUCAAUCUUGCUAAAUUCCAUGAAAAUUCAUGUGAUAAUGCUUUGCUACCUUAUAGGUGGUGGUAAUUAGAUAAAAUUUCAACAUAUAAAGAUUGUGUAUUUAUGAAGAUGUGUUUAACAUUGAUAGCUAGUAUUUUUCCUUCCCCUUUUAAAAUAUAUAUUUCUGUGCCUUACUAUUGUAUUUUUGAACCAAAGCAGGCCUUAACCUUGUUCCUUUACCUAUCCUACUCUGCACUUGCCACUCGGAGAAACAGCCCUGUCCGAGGCCACCAGUAACUUCAACCCAAAGGUGAUGCGAGGAGGGUUUUUGAGAAAGGGGGUCAGGUUCAUUGUUGGUGAGGCUGUGCAUGUCCACCUUGCCUUCUAGACCUCUCCACUUGGGUAUACCACUCGCUUCUUACAUUCGGCCUGCCCACGGAGCGCUAGAUCUUGGUAGGAUAAGCUGGAGUUCAGGUCUUGUCUGAUACUUACCGGCUGUAUGACCUUGGGGAAGUUGCAGCCUGUUAGCUUCAGUUUCCUCUUAUAAAAUCUAGUUCCUGUUAGCUGCACUGAGGUAUUAGGAGGAAAGUGAUUUGUAAACUUUUGACAUAGAGCUGUGGUCAGUUAUUUCCCCCAGACGUUUGACUUCAUUUUUAUUUUUGUCUGUCAUGCACUGUUCCCCCUCUUUCCUAUGUUUAACUGUAAAGCAUCAUCAGUUCUAUCUCUGUGACAUCUCUUGGAUCUCCCCCUCACUAGCCUUACUCAGUUCCCACCUUAGGUAAGCCAGGGCCAUUGUGAAAAAUCUCCCAAUUCAUUUUCCUUCUCAAGUUUUUCCUGUCUGUCCUCCAUACAUCUACCAGUAAGAUUACCCUAAAGCAAAGGUUUAAUGCUAUGGCAUCCUUGUUCAUCAAACACCAGAGGCCUUCAGGAUCAAAUAUAAAGUCUUUUUUGCCAUUUAAAACCCCAAUGGCCUGGCUUUGACUUAAUUUUCUGGCCUUAUUAUUUAUGAUGUCCCUUUGCACAUUCUGGUCUUUUUGACCCUUCCACAAGAGGUACCUUUCCGUUGCCUGCCCUCCUGCAUGGAAUGUAUUCCUUGGCUUUGGAUCUUAAUCCCUAGUUUCCUUCCAAGCUUAGCGCAAGUACCACAUUGUACCUGAAUUCUUUCUUCUUCCUCCAAGCUCCUUUUGCCUCCCUCUCCCCAUCCCCUUCCCAUAACCUGUUUAUUUGUGUGUGUUCUGUUCUCUUCUCUGAAAGAAUGUAAGCUCCUCGAGGGUAGGGACUGUUUCCUGUUUGUCUUUGUGUUCUCAGCACCUAGUACAGUGCCUGGCAUAUAGUGGAUGCUUAAUAAAUUCCUAUUGGGUGUUCAGAA